AAUAACAACUCUGAAAUAAAGUAAACAAUAGCAACAAUAAAAUUAAAAACCAACUGGAACAAUAGAGAAGCGCAAAAAUUCAACUGUGUUUAUAGCCAAUUGGAUUGUUAUUUGUUAUAAUACAGUUACAGUUACACACGAAUAUGUAAAAUAGAUUAAAAAGCCCCCAUUGCGGCAUUUUCAUUCAGUUGCGUGCGUGUGCCUAGUGAGUUUUUUCCCCAACCCCACCCCCCGCAAGUCUUACAACCUUCUGGAGUUGUCUCUACGUUCCUACGCUCCUUGUGCCUUUUCAUAUUCUUUAUUACAUUUUUUUUUUAUGUGUGUGUGUUGUGUGUGUUCUCUUUUGUUGUUUGUUUUCUUCUUGUUGCGUCUUGAUUGCAAGUGGCUGGAAAAAAGCGGAAAAGGAAAAGAACACAAAUCCAAAUAUUACGGUAUUACGGAAACGCAAGCAAAGAAGAAGAAGACGCAAAGCAGCAGCAGCAGCAGUGUAUAUAAUAAUAAACGGAAACGAGAGCAUUUAAUGUUGUGUUUUAUAUAAUCGAAAUUUACAUACAUAAUAAUAAUUAGUAUGAACAAUAAUUACAAUAAAAUACAACUGCAACAAAAGGCAAUUAAUAAUAAGUUUUUGUUUCUGUUACACACAUUCCAUAUCAAUUUAAUUGUGCGUGAGUGUGUGUGUGUGUGUGUGUGUGAAAACAAACCUGCAUUCAUACAUGUGAAGAAAAUACAGAAUUAAGAAAUAUGUAUAGAAUAAAAUAAUCAAACUACAAUAACAUAACAGCAACAACAACAACUACAUUAACGAACCACCAAGUGAACGAAGAAGCAGAGAAGAAGAGAAAAACAAAUAUGUACAUACAUAUACAUCUAAAGCAAUUUCAAGUGAAUAAAGUUUUCAAGUCGCUGCCAGGCCAGUCGGUUGUUCCCUAAAUACAAUUCGGACAGAAGAUUUGCGGCUACGCAUUGUCGUCUCGUCGUUUAAACAACUCGUGUGCCACUUGUUGCGUUAGACGUUGCUCUAGUUCAACAUCAACACUUGCCACUACAACACCAUUCCAUCCGCCCUCUUAUCAUCAGCAGCAGCAGGUCAACAGAGCAGCAUCAUCAUCGAGUGUAUCGGGUCAGCAGUAGCAGCAGUCUGCCGGCUGCAGGAGGGGUUAUGCAGGUGGCUGGCCACGCCCACGCCACCACCACUAACACCACCCCCAUCAUCAUCAUCAUCAUCACCUGCUCGUUGUAUUCCUAUUUCAACUACUAUCGUUACCUUUACUCGAUUAUCUUUAGCCAGCUGAGCUGGUAUAUUGAUAAGGUUACGUCUCGAUAGAUAGAAUUUAAACUUUGUAUAACAACAACAAGAACAACAUAUACUUUCGACUCUUCAACAUGGAAACUGAGAUAUGCAAUCCUCAAUUAUGUCGCAUUUGCAUUACCUCGCACACAAAUUCAAUGCAAAUGAUAUCGAUAUUUGGCGAGGAUUCGAUAUGGCAAAAGAUCACAACAUUGGCGGAUGUUAAGAUAUCCAAAAACGACACAUUGCCGCAACAGGUUUGCGUGAAUUGCGCCAAAACGGCCAUUUCGGCCUGUUUGUUUAAAAAGAAAUGCGAGGAUGCGGAUAACUUUUAUCGCCAACAGUUGCUGAUCAAGAAGAUCGAGAGCCACAGCAGUCACAAUAGCAGCAGCGGCGAACAAGAUGCUCCGAUCGCUGGCGAGACGACGCUGGGUGGAACUGUGAUUGCGGGCGGUAUUGCCGGUACCGCCUCCGAAGCACUAAAGUCAUCAUCAUCGAAACAACAACAGCGUCUGGCAAAGAGUAGUGUCGGCAGUAGUAGCGGAACUAGCAGCGGUAGUAGCAGCGCCACCAACAGCAGCAGCAGUUCCGAUGACGAUGACGACGAUGAAGAAGAGGAGGAGGAGGAUGCGGAUGGAGAUGGGGAUAAUGUGAGCGAGAGUGCUAAAGCUCAGACACGACUGAAAAAUGGCCAUGGUCAUGGUCAGGGUCAUCAAAUGAAUGGCCAGCCUCAAGCCCAACGACUCGGUGAAGUCGAUGAUGAUGACGAUGAUGAGGAAGGGGAAGAUGGAGAUGGAGAUGAAGAGGAGGAGGAUGGGCCAGAGCCACAGAAUGGCGGCGAUGAUAUGGAACACCAUUUAGAUGGCGGCUCUGUUGUUGUUGAUCAUCAUCAUCAUCAUCAUGGCAUCAUGAAUGGUGUAGAGGAUCAGCACGUUGAUGAUGAUGAUGACGACGAUGAGGCUGAGGACGAUGAUGGCGAAAUCAAGGAACAUGGCCAUACCAAAGAGCCAUUCGAUUUUAAUUCAAUACGCCUGAUGCAUGAAUAUAUGCAGCAUCAGAUGAACAAAUUCCCCAAUGGUUCAAUCAAUGAUUUGGGUGGUGGCGGCAGCGGCGCUGGCGGCGCGGACAAUGAUAACAAUGGCCACGAUGAUGGGGAUGAGGAUGACGAUGAUGAGGAUAUGUCUCUGCCCCUAAUCCCAGAGAUUGAGUUAAUAACUCCCUGUGAUGAGCCACUGCCUGGCUCGGAGGCAGAUCAUGGUGGUGUCAACAAUGUUGCUGGUGGUGGCAAUGGCAAUGGGCCGGCCCAUAUGCAUCCCAAUAUGCGGGGAUUCCAGUGUCCGCAUUGCUAUCAGAUAUUUGAAAUGAAACAGAUACUCAAGGCGCACAUGCAGAGUGUUCAUGGAGCUCCCGGUCCAGUCUAUGAGUGCAGCAAUUGUCGCAAGACCUAUUUCUACAAAAGGUUCCUCGAGAAGCACAUUCGACGUGGUCGUUGUGUAAAGAAACGCCGUAAUCAAACGCGUCCCAUGCAAUGUUCUGAUUGUCAUGUCCUCUUUCCCACUGGCCAUCAUCUUGGCUGGCAUAAACGCACCGGUUGUCCGUCCAAGGCGGCUAAAAUGCCCCUGCAGCAGCUCUUCAAACAGAACAUUGUGCAGUUUAAUAAUUUUCCCAAAAGGAUAUCAAACGGACCACGCAAAGUGGCAUCUUCCGAUAAUGGAUCCAACGCUCUGCACUUGAGCAAUCGCAAACUCGGUUUGGCUAAUAAGCGCAAGGGUCGCACUCGCAUCAAGUUGGAUGCCAAGAAAAUUGCCCUGGCCAAGCAGUUAAUAUUACGUGAAGCUACCACAACGGUGAUUGCCAAUGAGUUGAAUAUAUCCCGAACAUUUGCCUGGCGUUUGCGUAAGAGUCUUGUCAAUGGAGUUAGUCUACAUGAGCGUGUUGUCGAUCAGGCCAAUGAAGUAUCUGAACAACAACAACAACAUCAACAGCAUCAGCAGCAGCAACAACAACUCCAACAACUGCAUCAUCUGCAAUUGCAACAGGAGGCCGAACGUGAAAGAUCACGUGAACGUCAACAUUCACAAAUGUCGUUGCCGGCUUAUGGUCAUCUCGGACUCGGACUUAUUAAAGAAGAGCAACGGGAUAGCGACGAUGAGCAGCAGCAUAUCGGUGGCAAUUCACUGGCCAUUAACGAGGAAUGUGUGGCCGAAAUUGGAGCCGAAGAGACCGCCGGCUAUAUGGGUGAAGAUGAUGUCUGUGGUCUCCUAAACAAUGGCUAUGAGCCAUCAGGUGGUGGCGAUGGUGAUAACGAUGCAAUUGAUCAGAAUUCCUAUAUUGGCGGCGAUGAUAUGAUUGAUCAUGAUAAUGAUCAUCAUUCAAAUAGGGAUGCAUCGAUGACAUCUCCACCACCACCGCCACCGCCGCCAUUGCCACCACAAUUGGCACCGGCUCCAUCGCAAGCAACACGUCCAGAUGUGGAGGUAUAUAAACGUCUUCUGGUGGAAUCGCAACGUUUUCCACACAUAAUCAAUGCACAGCAAUUACAAUUGCAACAGGCGGCGGCCCAACAGCAGCAACAACAACAACAACAACAACAACAAAAGGCUGCCCACAAUGGAGGAUUACCGAUGCUUACACGUUAUGCACCACCUGCAGCUGUUAAUCAUGCCCUGCCCGUGAAUUUGUCCCUGCGUUCCAUUUCACACUUGAACAGCAACGAAAGCAAUGGCAGUACAAAUUCCAAUUCGGUUCAUCCCGCUGCACCCACAUCUGGAGCUGGAGCCAGUGGUGUCCAUCAGCCGGGUAAGAAGCCACGCAAACCGAAUGUAUUUAUCGAUGAUGAGAAGUAUGCCAUGGCCAAGUUGCUGGUAGCACAGAAUUCAUCGACUAUGGAAAUAGCAAGAGCCCUCAAUGUAUCACAGAUGACGGCCUGGAAGGUGCGUGAUGCCAUAUUAAAGGGAGUGCCACUCUCCUAUCGUAAUAAACGUGCCGAAGGCGGUCGUCCAUCAACAUUGGUCGAUGAAGUGCGUCUAUCGGAGGCAGCUGCCAUGGCGGCCAAAGAGCAGCAAGCCCAACAAGAGCAGCAGCAGCAACAGCAGCAGCAGCGUCGACAACAACAGGAGUUGCAACGCCAGCAGCAGCAGCAACAACAACAGCAAUUGGAAUUGAUUAAGCAACAACGAAAGCAACAAGAACUACAUUUACAGCAGCAACAGCGACAGCAGCAACAACAACAACAACAACAGCAGCAGCAGCAACAACAACAACAACAACAACAUAAGCAGCAACAACUUCGACAGCAUCACACACCAGCGGACACAUCACAACAACAACAACAACAACAACACUAUCAACAAUCACAGGAACAACAACAACAAUCGGCCAACCGGCAGCAAUCAUCAAAUAUGAGCAAAUCGCUGCAUCCUCGCCGUCGUUUAAAGGCUGCUGAACGCGAAUUGCGCGACAAAGAGAUUACACGUGAAAUCCUUGAACUAAUCAAAGAGGAUAGCAACAUACAAUAUUGGAAGGUAUCGGCACGUCUGGCCGAAAAGGGUAUCAACAUAUCGCCCUCAUCUGUUUGCCAAAAGCUUAAAUCGAUGGGCAUACAUCGUCGCUGGAAGCCAGGCGAUAAGCCACCCAUGUUGGCUAUGAAUACCCUGAAAGCGGCAACCGUUGCGGCAGCUGCUGCGACAUUGGCGGCCAAUGGUGGUGUUGCCGGUUUCGCUUUGGCCAAUGGCAAUGUCGGUGGCGGCGGAGGUGGCAUUGAUGAUGGCUAUGAUCAGCAGCAAUUUGAUAUGGGUGGACCCCAUUUUCUCAGUGCCUUUACGCGCUAAAAUCCCUAUACUACUUAGGAUUAUCAAAUAAUUGAGAAACAAAAAAAAAAAAAAAAAGAAAAGAAAAGAAAAAAACAAAACAUAUAUAUAGACUAUAAUAUAGAGAUAUGGACCCCUGUUUUAUCCCAAUUGCGUAAGCUCGCCCUCCCGCCUCCACCAUGGAUAAUAAUGUUAAGAGUAUAACACACACACACACACACACACACACAUGCAAACACACACACUCCAAUCAUCCACACAGACAUAAGCACUAGAGCAACAACACAAUUUGUAUUUUUUAUAUAGUAUUUAUGCAGAUCGCGCUUUGCAUUAACUACAUCAAAUGUAUUUGUAUUCAAUAUACAUCCAAUUUAUAUAUUUUGUAUUAGAUAUAUAUUAAUUAAAUAUUGCUAAGCAUUCCUAGAAUGUUUCUACACACACACACGCAGAACAAAUACACAAAUACACACACACAUUUAUA